AUGAGGCGGGUCGAGCCCUGGUGCCUGCUCCUGGCUGCGGCCUGCGCCCUGGGCCGGAUCCCGCCGCCCCCGCGGGCCAUCGUGCGCUGCCCGCCCGCCGGCGCCUGCUUCAGCGCCCAUCUCGCCAACGUCUCGUACGCCGAGGCCCGCGGCGCCUGCGGCCGGCGGCGGGGCAGCCUCGCCUGGGUCAGCGGCGAGCCGGAGCUGCGGCUGCUGCUGGGGCUGCUGGCAAAGGCGGCGGUGUCCGCGCCCGCGCUGUUCUGGGUCGGGCUGAAGAGGAACGUCUCCGCCUGCACCCACGGGGAGCAGCCGCUCCGCGGCUUCUCCUGGGAGGGCGUCGAGGAUGGGACGGCCCCGCAGGAGGUGCCGGCGGCGCUCGGCCGGUGGCUGCAGGAGCCCCUGCGGUCCUGCCUCACCGCCCGCUGCGCUGGGCUGCACCUGGCGGCUGGCACCGGGGACGGCCCCAGCUGGGGCUGGAAGGAGCAGGUCUGCCAGCUGAAAAGCCCGGGGUACCUCUGCAAGUACCAGUAUGAGGGUGCCUGCCCCGACCUCAGUCCCGCGGGAGCCCUCGACCUCGAUUACCGGCUCCCUUUCGAGGAGCGCAGCGGCGGGCCCGGCUUCAGCCCGCCGGGCACCGUGCUGACGGUGGCGUGCCCCGGCGGGGAGGUGCGGCUCACCUGCCAGGCCGAGCCGGGCGGCUUCGCCUGGAAGGCGGCAGAGAAGCCCCUCUGCCCCUGCCCCUUCGGCAGCAGGAGCUCCGACAGCGGGCGGUGCGCCGAGGCCGCCGGGUGCCGCGAUGCCGCCGGCGGUUUCGCCUGUGCCUGCACCCCGGGCGGCGCGGACGGAGCUCCCUGCCCGGGCACGGAGCCGGGCCCCACCGCUGCAGGCGGCCCCGCGGAGCCGUCGCGGCCCGGGGAGGAGGGGCGGCGUCCUUCCACUCCGACACCCGGCGGUUCCGCGGAGCCCCCCGCCACCACCGCGGCCGCCGCCGGCGGAGAGAAGACGGCUGCUCCCCCGCCCUCCUCCUCUUCCAACUACGUUUUCAUCCUGGUGACGGUCGCGGUGGUGGUGCUAGUCAUGCUGGUCAUGACCGUCCUGGGGGUGUUCAACAUCUGCUUUAACAAGAAAUCCGAGGGCCGUGGGGACAAGGAGCCGCCGGAGACCGGCAGCAAGGCGGAGGCAGGCUCCGCGGAGCCCAGCGGAGCAGCGGGUGGUGAAUAG